CUUUUUUCCCUCCUGGCAGCUGCCACUUAGAAAUUGAUGGGAAAAAAUUGAGAUGCCUUAGAAACUAUCGUUGCUGGACAAAUUCCUGGGAAUUUCUGUGAAAAACCAACGUCUAUGGAUGAGUUCCAGAAGAAAUCCAACCAAAAGCAUGAUGCAAGAUCGCGAAAAGUAAGAUUCAAAAUUUCCUCAGCUUACAGUGGUCGAGUCUUAAAACAAAUGUAUGAAGAUGGGCAAGAGCUUGAAAUCCCAGCAGAAGGCUACUCUCAUAAUUGUCAGUCCUGGAAUUUUGAACCCCGAGACAAUUUAUUGGGGAUUAGAGAAAACCCAGAUCACAGUUUUUAUCCAUCAGCUAAACUGAAUGCCCAGAGGAUCAGUGUAUUCAGAGAAGGGAACAAAUACACUCUCACAAGUAACUCUUCCCUUUUAAAUGACGACAAGGCUGAUGAUCGUAUGCAACCCCGCAUUUUAGAUUUUGGGAGGAUUAUAAUCUAUACCAGUAAUCUAAAAAUAAUCCGGACACCACUGAGCAAGAAAGAGCUAAUGCAAAGAAUCAUGCAGAAUGAAGGUGUUGAUGAUUGCUCCUUCAUGAACUCUGAAGGAAGAGGAGGAAGUAGCACUGUUCAAAGCAAUGGAAACAUAAACAGUGAUGAAACUGAAUCAGGCCACAACCAACAUGUUUGGGAAGGCGACGAGGAGAACAGCUGCUCACAGUGUAAAGGAUCAGGCUCUGCCCCCUGUGCUGUGUGUCAUGGAAGCAAGUUUUCAAUGUUGGCUAAUCGAUUUAAAGAGUCAUACAGAGCUCUGCGAUGCCCUGCCUGUAAUGAAAACGGGCAGCAGCCUUGCCAGAUUUGUGUUUAGUGACUCUAUCUAUUCUUUAAUUUUUCUUGACUUACUUUCUUUCGAAUAGAACAGACCCCAUCAAAUAGUCUAUGCCAAUCCAUCUUCUUUAGCUAGGAAGCUAUCUUUUUAUGCUUGGUUGUUAAAGAGUCUUAUCGAUUGCCAGGCUUUCCGCUGAAUUAAAAGAGCUGCCACAUGUUUCAAGACAACUUUUUUUCUGUUUUCAGCUGAGUGAAAGUAAAGCUGCACUUAUAGAGUAAUAUAAAUGUCAUAUAAAAAGACUUAA